GAAAUUUCCAAGAAAAUAAGGUUUUACACCUAAACCCUUCCACUAUAUAUAUAAACCCCACUUUUGUCUCUAUAUCUUUACUAAUUUCUUAAACCCUCUCAACAAUACGUAACAAUGGCCUCCAAAUCCGUCGUCGUUUUCCUCUUCCUCGCUCUCGUGGCUUCCUCUGUCGUUGCUCAAGCUCCCGGACCAGCUCCGACCAUAUCUCCCUUGCCAGCCACUCCUACACCGUCUCAAUCGCCUAGAGCCACCGCACCGGCACCUUCACCAUCAGCCAAUCCUCCUCCCUCAGCUCCUACCACUGCUCCUCCGGUUAGUCAGCCGCCUACUGAAUCUCCACCAGCUCCUCCGACGUCUACUUCCCCAUCCGGAGCUCCGGGCACAAAUGUUCCGUCUGGAGAAGCUGGACCUGCUCAGUCUCCCCUAAGUGGCUCUCCAAACGCAGCUGCAGUUAGCAGAGUCUCCCUCGUCGGAACUUUCGCCGGAGUGGCCGUGAUCGCCGCUUUGUUGCUGUAGAGGCUAUUGACCCAUCGAAUAGAUUCACUAGGAAUUAUUUUUGGGUUCAUUGUUUGUCCUUUUGUUACUAUUUAAUUAUGUAGUUUAUAGUGUUUUAUAUGAUGCUUUAUUAUCGUGUUAUUGUUGGUGUUAUAUUUGUUACAAUUUUUUUAUAGUUUCCUUGAUUAUUGGCAUUCUUGAAUAAUUCAUGGUCACUUGAAUAAUUCAUAGUUACUUGAAUAUUAACUUAAAAUUAAAAUUACAU